GUAAGCCGUAAGCCAUUCACCAAUACCGUACAUAUGUCAACAAGCAUUACGAAAUGUCGUGGAACAACCGUUUAAAGUUUAAUAUAUCAUUAUGUACUUUGUGCAUUAUCUCAUUGGCAUUAUGCAUCACGCAUGGAGAUGCUGAUACAGCUCCAAAAAAUGUGCUUUUGUUGCUGGCUGAUGAUGCAGGAUUUGAAAUGCGAUCCUACUUGAAUAAAAUCUGUCAGACUCCUAAUUUAGAUAAAUUAGCAAAAGAAAGUCUAUUGUUCAAUAAUGCAUAUACAUCAGUCAGUAGCUGUUCACCAAGUCGCUCUGCAAUAUUAACUGGAUUACCAAGCCAUCAAAAUGGAAUGUAUGGUCUUCAUCAUGGAAUUCAUCACUUUAAUUCUUUUGAUGAUGUUCAAAGUUUGCCAAGAAUAUUGAAAAAAAAUAAUAUACGAACAGGAAUUAUUGGCAAAAAGCAUGUUGGACCGAAUAAGGUUUAUCCCUUUGAUUUUGCGCAUACAGAAGAAAAUAAUUCUAUUCUUCAAGUAGGUCGUAAUAUUACUUAUAUAAAACUGUUAGUCCGUGAAUUUCUUUCAGUUCAGAAUAAAACACAACCCUUCUUUUUAUAUAUUGCCUUUCACGAUCCACAUCGUUGUGGCCAUACUAAUCCAGAGUAUGGCAAUUUUUGUGAGAAAUUUGGUAACAGUGAUGUUGGAAUGGGUACGAUUCCCGAUUGGAAUCCAAUAUAUUAUCAAUGGGAACAAGUUAAGGUACCCUAUUAUGUUCAAAAUACUGAAGCUGCUAGAAGAGAUAUUGCUGCACAAUAUACAACGAUAUCUCGUUUGGACAAAGGUGUCGGUCUUGUUCUUGAAGAAUUAAAAAAUGCAGGAUUUAAGGAUAAUACAUUGGUAAUUUACACGUCCGAUAAUGGCAUACCUUUCCCAAAUGGUCGCACGAAUUUAUAUGAUCCAGGUAUCGCUGAACCUAUGAUGAUUUCAUCACCGAUUCACGGCCAUCGGAAAAAUAGCGUGACAAAUAGCAUGACUUCUUUGUUGGAUAUAACACCAACAAUAUUAGAUUGGUUCAAUAUAACUUACAUGGAUUAUCCAAACUUCAAUGAAGUGUCUUCUCCAUUUACUGGCAAGUCACUUCUGCCAUUACUUCUUAAAGAACCUGUAGAAAAUAAUACAGCAAUCUUUGCUAGCCAAACGCACCAUGAAGUUACCAUGUACUAUCCCAUGCGUACAAUUAGAACCAAACGCCAUAAACUUAUACAUAACAUUAAUUAUAGAAUGCCAUUUCCCAUUGAUCAGGAUUUUUAUAUAUCUCCAACUUUCCAGGAUAUUCUCAAUAGAACACAGACUCAUCAAUCUCUACCAUGGUAUAAAACGUUAAAAAAAUACUAUCAGAGACCAGAAUGGGAAUUGUACGAUUUAAAAUAUGAUCCAGAGGAAUUAAAUAAUAUAGCUUCAAAGUCAUCCGCAAAGAGCAUAUUCAUUGAACUUAAAGAACGGUUGUAUAAUUGGUUGAAAGUAACAAAAGAUCCAUGGAUUUGUGCACCAGAUGGUGUUUUGGAAAAUGCUGGACAUAACAAACAUGAUGCUCAAUGUAUGCCACUGAAUAAUUUCGACGAUUGAAAUUUGUUCUUAAUAUUUAUCAAUAACUAUUAUCUAAGCAUAUAUUUCUUUCCUUUUUUUACAAUUUGAUAAUGUACAUU